AUGACGACUGCUACGCCCUCGGGCGUUCAAUUGCGUCCAUUGUUAGCUGCUUGCUUCUCUGCCAGUUUUCUCGGUGGUCGCGUCAUCCGCGAAGUCGUACAGCACCACGUGGCCCUCGACCUCGUGAGUAAACAGGAAGACACGUACGACCCUCAGACUGUCGCCGAUCGGCGUUCGCAACAGCGAAUUAUUCACGCACUGCGUCACUCGUUUCCUCACGUAACGAUCGUCGGUGAAGAAGGUGAACUCGGGCCUUCAAGUGCAGAAGAUCAAGUCAAAUGCGACCUGCACGUGCUCGACAACGCGCUCUUUUCCAAUACCCGCGAGGACGCCACUACCGGAGAUCCAUCCAGUUGUCUACUGGACUGGAGCGAGCUCGUGCUGUGGGUCGACCCCCUCGAUGGCACGAAACGCUUUGCUGCUGGACAAUUCGAUGAAGUUUCGGUCCUCAUCGGUAUCGCUUACAAGCGACGGCCUCUGGCAGGCAUCGUGCACUUACCUUUCAAAGGAAAGCAGGGUACUACCUAUUGGGGUGGUCCAAGCAUUGGGGUUUUCUGCAGCAUAUAUGAAGCCAGUGAUGCACCAAUGGACCAUAUCAAGCUUCUCAAAGAGCCGACCAUGUUUCCGAACCGACAACUGAUCUGCACCGUGUCAUCCACGUCUUGCAAUCAGGUGGACCAGGCCUUGAAGUUGCUUGCUCCUGAAACUGUUCGAACAGGUGGGGCGACAGGCACAAUGGUACUCGGUCUUGUAACGGGCGAAAGCGACGCCUUCUUCCGUUUCAAAGCUGCUACUCGCAAGUGGGAUAUCUGUGCGGUCGAGCCGCUUCUGGAAGGACUUGGUGGCCAAAUCACUGACACACAUGGCAACAAGUACUUGUACGACCACAUUGGCAACGCACCUGAGUUUGACAAUGAGCGUGGACUGCUUGCUACUCUCGAGCCAGAAGUUCAUCAGAUGCUGUUAAACGCCUUUACUAACGUCUCGCUCAUGAGGUAG